GAAUUUCAGUUAACAUUUGGUAAUAAUAUUUUAUAAAAUGAUUUAAGAAAAAAUAAAAAUAAAAAAUGCAGUGGGGGCAAUCGAAGUCAUGCCAGGGUCGUCGAUGUGGCACCGCGUUUUGUGUUUCCAGUUCAACGACGUUUACUGGUCUUGUGCGUGCAGUCUUUCCUCACUUUCUAUUUCGAUCAAUCCCUUAUUCCUCUCUGGUCAGCUCCGUUUACUUUGUCCCUCUUCUCGCGCGUUUCGUUUCUAACAUCGCACCAAUACACAGGAAUCAUACAAAACUACAAAUCUCCCUCUCCAUCUCUUCAAACCCUUCAGUUUCACAGCCGCUAAAUCGAUUCCUCAAGCCAUUGGCGACGUCGUUUUAGAUGGAUUCAGAUGCAUCAUCUAUCUCGGAUUUUUGAGCACCGCAACCGCACCAAAGCCAUGGAUCAGAAAAACCCGCGUAGGAAGCCCAAGCUCGAGCGCCGCAACGCUCUCAAGUACUCUGAAUACGACUCUGGAUCAUCUACCUCCGGCGAAGCGCUCUACACGCGCUCCAUGGAGUUCUACGACCGCACCAGCUUCCGAAUCGAGGGCGUCGAGGGAGAGUUCGAUCGAAUUUGUAGGAGUUUGGGUCUCUCCGGCCCAGAAGACUUCUCUAUUCCCGCUGCGGCCUGGGAAGCCAUGAAGUUUCGUUCCUCUUCCGAUAUCCUCCCGAGACUGAAGCUCGAAAACCUCGAUAUUCCCGAGGAAGAGGAAGAGGACGAAGAAGAAGAAGUACGGAACAUAAACGAGGAGGGAAUACUAAAACCACCAGAGGAUGGUGAAUUUAGUGAAAAAUUAGCAGAUGGGGUUAGGGUUUUGGAGGCAGAUGAGUCGACCACUGGUAUUAAGGGUGUUCGUCCGCCGAUGCUGAAGCCGCCGCCGGGGGUUAGAGUUCAGUUGGUGGAUGAUAGCUCGUGUUCCACGUGGGACCUUUUGAGGGAUUUGGCUCCGAUAGGUGAAGGGUUAUCGUUGAAGCACUCUGAGCAUACGAGGGAUGUAGAGAACGAUGCACCGCUAGGGGUAGUAGAGAGGGAGGUAUCGAAGAAAGAAGAAGGGGAAGUGGGUAGAGCGAGCCCGAAGAGGGAAGAGGAAGAGAAUGUGGAUAACGCAGCGAGGAUUGCGGAGAUCGUGGCUGGGCUUUCGGAAUCAUGUUCGUUUUCCACGUCGAAUGAAGAUGAUUCUUCUAGUAGUACAACGGAUCACACCCCCAACAAUAUUUCUCCGCAAGGGAGAAUCAAGCGGAUUAUUACCGCCGGAAGUUGGCAGAAGGGCGAGUUUCUUGGGGGUGGCUCGUUUGGCACCGUUUAUGAAGGAAUUUCUGAUGAUGGAUUCUUUUUUGCUGUAAAAGAAGUUUCAUUGCUUGAUCAGGGGACUCAGGGAAAGCAAAGUGUAUAUCAGCUGGAGCAGGAAAUAGCACUUUUGAGUCAGUUUGAGCAUGAAAAUAUUGUUCAAUAUUAUGGCACAGAAAUGGAUGAAUCAAAGCUGUAUAUCUUUCUUGAGCUUGUAACCAAAGGUUCCCUUAGAAGCCUCUACCAAAAGUAUACUCUUCGAGAUUCCCAAGUAUCUGCCUAUACAAGACAGAUUCUGCAUGGUAUGAAGUAUCUUCAUGAUCGAAAUGUGGUUCACAGGGAUAUCAAAUGUGCAAAUAUAUUGGUGGAUGCAAGUGGAUCUGUCAAGCUUGCAGAUUUUGGAUUGGCCAAGGCAACCAAAAUGAAUGACGUUAAAUCAAUGAAGGGUACAGCAUUCUGGAUGGCCCCGGAGGUUGUGAAAGGAAAGAACAAGGGAUAUGGGCUUCCAGCUGACAUAUGGAGUGUGGGAUGCACUGUACUGGAGAUGUUAACAGGCCAACUUCCGUACUGUGAUUUGGAAUGGAUGCAGGCAUUAUUUAGAAUUGGAAAAGGUAUUCGACCAUCUAUUCCCGACUCCCUUUCGAGAGAUGCCACCGAUUUUAUCUUGCAGUGCCUUCAAGUUAAUCCAAAUGAUCGUCCCACCGCUGCUCAACUUCUAAACCAUUCAUUUGUCCAAAGGCCACUUUCCCAGACCUCUGGUUCUUCAUUUCCUCAUGUUCUUGGCCGGAAGGGUUAACCAUGCUAUCUUCAACUAUGAAGCAUUAUGGAGUUCUGUCCUUCAUUGCGUGUAACAUUUUCAAUGUUCAGUCUGAAGUUGCUGGGGUUCAUCUAGGUCCAUGACUGCAGAAAUAAUUCAUUGGCUCGUGUUGUAGCAUUCAGAGUUUGCUUGAUUGCAACUUGUAUCCAUUUUUCUGCAUGGCUUUGGAUCUAACGCUUGACAUGGCACACCAGAUAACUAAGUUAUCGACUAGGCGAUGUCCUAUCGGAUAAUUAUGCUCAAUGUGUUAUCUGAUUACUCUGAUGAUUUGCCCGUUGUAGCAAAGGUGGAGGAUCAACUUCCAGCUGAAAAAGCUAACCUUGCAUUCCACUCAUUACCUGACAGGAGAAAAAACUAUAGGGCUUGCUUAACUUAGGAGCAAUAGUGUAACAAGAAUUGGAGACGAUUCUAUUUGUACAUAUUAUUUAUUUAUUAUUAUUAGCAUGCCAUUGUUUGUGUACAUCUUGAUUUCGUACUGUUUGUAUUUAUGUCCAAAAUUUUGUUUAAUCCAUUUCUUUUGCGUGGCCUCUAAA